AUGGGACCCAGGGACGGCAGAGCUCCACCAGAGCAAGAGGUGCCUCUUCUUCACCGGAACCGCGGCGAGCACUCUGCUUUCCUUCAGGCCGGUUCCAGGGCCCCAGUCAUCAACGGGCUGCAGCAGGGCGCCCCAGGCCCGUCGCCGCUGCGCUCCCAGGCGUUCCCGGUCGGGGAGGCCGCGGACGAUGACGACGACGACGACGGCGCCGACUCGGACCUCGAGUCGCUGCAGGGCGCCGGGCGCGGAUGCUGCGCCGCCGGCCUCGACUUCGCGGCCCUCUUCCUGUCCCUGGGCACCAUCGCGGGCGGCAUCUACCUCGCCGCGCAGGCCGGCGACCUCGAGGUCCUCCACCUCGCGGUCUGGCGCUGGUGCGUCUUCUUCGGAGCGAUGCUUCCGCUGCGGCACCUGAGCGAGCUGGUCGUGACGCUCGCGGUCCGCACCGUCGAGAGCAAGUACUUUCUCGAGGGCCGUCUCAUGUUCUUCCUGACACCUAUCAAACCCCCCCUGUCGACGUUAGUCCAGUCCGCCUCCUACACCCUCCUCUGGGCCUGCAUCGUCACCGCGGACGCCGCCAAGGGCAUCACGCUGCUCCACCGCAGCCACGUCGUGCUGCGCGGCCUCGCGUGCGUCAACAUCUUUUGCGCAGGACGCGUCGCCGCGCAGCUGCUCACCAAGUCCUUCGCGUCGCGGUUCAACCGCGCCGCCUUCUUCGACCGCCUCCAGCAGUCCCUCGAGAAGGAGUUCUUCCUCUCGACUCUGACGGUGCCGCGCGUGCGCCCGAAGCGCGCCAAGCAGUCUGCGCCGCUCCUGCGCCGCCGCGCUGCCCCCCCGGCCAACGCCCCGCCGCAACUCAACAUGGGCGGGCCCCGCGUCUUCGGGCACAGACCCUCCGGCUCCGGCACCGGCAAGGGCGCGCCCGCCAUGCGCGUCGCGUCCAGCUCCGCAGCCGAGGCCGAGCUCCCCUCCCCCGCACACGCCCCGCCCGGGCCCCGCGACAGCCCCCGCAGCGGCCGCGGGUCGCCACGCGCGAGCAGCACCGGACGGCCCGCCACGCCGGACCCGCAGCGCCCCGCUCGCUUCGACCCCACCGCGCCGCCGGACGCCGGCAGCAGCGACGAGGAGGACCGGCAGCGGCAGCUCGAAGAAGCGUGCGGGAGGUCCGGCCACGACACGAACGCAGCCGGGGGGUCCAGCGGCGCGCCUGGGCCGGGCGUCGCGGCGGCGAGCGCCGGCGCGGCGGACCCGGCGGGCAUGCGUCGCGUGGACUCAUUCGCUUCGUCGGGGGUGCCGGAGGGUCCGUUGGGGAGCGGGGACCUGGGGCUCGAGGACGGGAUCGUGCGCGACAAGAACGAGCUGCUGAACCAGAUGCGCGACUUCAUGCACUUGCGGAAGGAGGAGGUGACGGGGACGCAGGCGAGUCGGCUGGAGCGGUACGUGCGUCGGCACCACUUUGGGGUGACGUUCUCGCACAAGCUGAAGACGACGGGGGCGCUGCAGGACCCGCAGAGCAUGGAGCGGGUGUCGCGGCGGCUCGCGCGGUGGGUCUGGCAGAACGUGCGGGAGUCGCGCGGCCAGGACGAGAUCACCAGAUCGGAUCUCGAGUACUUUUUGCCGUCCGACAAGGUAGAAAAGUGCAUCGCGAUGCUCGACGCGACGCGGGACGGGCGCAUCAGCCGCGCGGACGUGCGGACGACGGUGCGGUCGAUCGUCACGGAGCGCCACGACCUCAACAAGACCAUCCACGACUCGAACACCGCGGUGGGGAGGAUGGGCGUGCUGAUUCAGGCCGUGAUCAACCUCUGCGUGUUCUUCGCGUCGAUGGUGGUGUUCGAGAUCGACAUCGUGAGCCUGUGGCUGUCCACGGCGUCGGUGCUGCUGGCGCUCGGGGUGGUCUUUGGCAACACCCUGAAGAACAUCUUCGAGUCGUCGCUGCUGCUGUUCUCCACGCACCCGUUCGACGUCGGGGACGCGUGCCUGAUCGACGGCGAGUGGUACGUCAUCCGCGAGAUCUCGCUGCUGCGCACGACGAUGGAGCACGAGCUCGGCAGCCUCUGCAGCUUCCCGAACCACAAGCUCAACGACCUCCCCGUGCACAACCUCUCGCGAAGCCCCAACAAGUGGGACUCCUUCACUGCGUACAUCGACCUGGCCAGCUGCACGGCGGCCUGCGAGGCGCUCGACCGCGACCUGCAGGAGCUCGCGCGGUCGCGCCCAGACUACUUCCCGGGCGACGUCCGCGUGCGCGUGUUCACGCCGACGGGGCCCGAGCGCGGCUUCAAAGCCCAGGUGUCGGUGUGGUACGAGAUGGGAAACGAUGGUUCCGAUUUGAAGCUCGUGGGACUGAUCCGGAACACGAUGCACAUGGCGUGCAUGCAGUCCCUGAGCCGCAACGGCGUGCGUUUCGCGCACCGGCACGAGAUGACGGCUGCGUGGGGGGCGACGCAGUUCGAGGAUGGCACCAUGUGGCAGGCCCCCGCGCGGCAGGCGGGGGUCAAGGGCGGCGCGGAGCCGCCGGCGCCCAAGGCAGCGGCCGCGGUGGCGGAGCGGCCGCGGCAGUUCCAGUGA